AUGAAGGCAGUCUUUUUGAUAGAAAACUCGCCAGAAGAGAUCACCUCUGUAGUCUUCCUCACAGAUGCAAGAUCAGUUCUGGAGGCCCUACAAAACAACAAUGUCCCUGAACUAGCGCAAGCCGUGAACAAGCUUGGUUCGUCCUGUAAUGUUGCACUUCAGUGGAUACCAUCUCACUGUGGAGUGCCCGGAAAUGAGGAGGCCGACAAGCUGGCUAGGUUAGGAGCCCUGUUGGAGCAACCAGAUAACCAGGUGACAUACAAGGAGAAAGCCACCAUCAUCAAGGCUCUCACCAAGACAAGACAGGAAGCGGAUGCCUACCACAUGCUUAACCGACCAGAACAAGUGGUGAUGGUCAGGCUUCGCUCGGGACACAACAGACUGAAUGCACACAUGUGCAUGAAGUACAAACUGGUGCCGUCCCCCAUAUGUCCCUGUGGAGAAGAGGACCAGACUACAGAGCAUAUCCUCCAAAGAUGCAAAAGACACGACCAGGAGCGAGGAGCAACGUGGUCCCGAGGUGCAACACUCCAGCAGAAGCUGUACGGAGACGUUGAGGACCUGCGGCGGACCACAACCUUCAUCGCGGAUACUGGCGUAAUCGUGUAG